CUCUCGCGUCACGACGCACGUUCGACUGUUCACACGUGCGAACGAGAAAUCAUGGAGAAACGUGCGGUGUUGUGCCGGUGUCGAGGACAGGUACCUCUUCUGGUAGUGACCACUCUACUGAUUGGCGUGCGUACGGAACUUGUUGAUCCCAAUUUCAAAGAGCCAAUACAAAACGUAACCUUCGCCGUGGGAAGAGAGGCCGUUCUUGCCUGCGUGGUUCAGGAUCUCGCCGGAUACAAGGUGGCAUGGUUGCGCGUCGACACGCAAACUAUUUUGACGAUAGCGAGCCACGUGAUCACGAAGAAUCACAGGAUCGCGGUGUCCCACAGCGACCACAGAACGUGGUUCCUUCACAUACGGGAGGUGCGGGAGUCCGAUCGGGGCUGGUACAUGUGUCAGAUAAACACGGAUCCCAUGAAAAGCCAGAUCGGUUAUCUCGAAGUGGUCGUGCCGCCCGACAUCGUGGACUAUGAUACUAGCACGGACAUGGUGGUGAUGGAAGGACGGAACGUGACUCUGCGCUGCUCCGCGACCGGUUCCCCGCCGCCCAACAUCACCUGGCGACGCGAGGAUGGUCAGGCAAUUCAGCUCGGCAACGGACUGGAAGUUGCGAGCGUGGAAGGUACGUUCCUCAAUAUCACAAAGGUAAACCGACUGCACAUGGGAUCCUACUUGUGCAUCGCAUCAAACGGAGUGCCGCCAUCAGUCAGUAAAAGAAUAAUGCUUACCGUGCAUUUUUCGCCGAUGAUAUGGGUUCAGAAUCAGUUGGUGGGCGCUCACGAAGGCGACAAGCUGACUCUGGAGUGUUUCUCGGAAGCUUAUCCGAAAUCUAUCAAUUAUUGGACGAGAGAUAAGGACAAGAUCAUGACAGGAGGAAAAUUCGAGCCCGUGCUGAAGGACAACGCGUACAAAAUACACAUGACACUGACGAUAAAUUCAGUCAGUCAGGCGGAUUACGGCUCGUACAAAUGUGUCUCCCGAAACUCACUGGGCGACACUGACGGCAGCAUUAAAGUAUAUCAACUAUCGAACUCCACCGGCAGCGCCAAAAACAAAGGUAAACUAAGGCAAAAUUCAGGGAACAAUAUCCUGGAGGGAAAUCAAGAUAUGCUAAAGGAUCGAGACCGAGAAGGACGAGGUCGUAAAAAGAACAACGGCGACGUAACGGAUUACGAUGAGUCCAGCGCAAGCAGCAACACCAGCAGCUCGUUUCUUCUGGUGACCCUCGUCGUUCUGUACCUGUGUCAUCAUCACCAUCCGCAGAUACGGACGUUGCAUCCGGCCUGAGAUCUGCCCACGACCGCCCUGCACGCAAUCACACGCGUACUUCGAUCAUCGAACCAUCUCGUGACUCUUGUACAUCCACUUGUAAAUCCAUCGCUCAGGGACUUCAGUCGAGGAUGAAUAUCGUCGAGGACUGCGUUGACCACUUUAAACUUUAAACGAUAAGAUAAUAAUACUAUAUAAGUAGCGUUAGCAAGCCGACUCCGCCGACCCCGGUGUGCAGCUCGGAGAAGUUUGCUAAGGGAGGAUUACGACUUAAGGAAACGGCCAUUGCGAACAGUUUUCGGACUCGGAGUUGGGCGCGCAAAUCCACCUUAUAUGAGAAUCAUGUUACACACUGCGUUGGGAAACGCCUAUCUCUCUGAUUUUAGAAUCGCGUUAGCGCGGACAAGAUUCUAAAAUCAGAUUCAUAAAAUCCGGAACGUUAGGGCGAAGAAAUCGCUUACGCGUUUUCAUGAAAGACCGUUCGUAAAUUUUUGUCUCAGUUCUAACGGCUUCUCUUUUUAUUCUAGUCAUUUCUUAUUUAAACAGAAAGCUCAUCUUAUUAUUAUGCAAAUCUAUUUGUUUUACAGAUGAUAUAAUUUAUGUAAUUGAGA